UCUGCCAUCCGACGUGCGGUUGACUCUGCUCCUCACCAUGUCUUCUCACAAGACUUUCAUGAUCAAGCGAUUCCUGGGCCAGAAACCAAAGGAGAAUCGUCCCAUUCCCCAGUGGACUCAAAUGAAAACUGGUAAUAAAACCAGGUACAGCUCCAGGAGAAGACACUGGAGAAGAACCAAGCUGGGUCUAUAGGGAGCCACCCAUGAGGUGGUACACG